ACAGUGAGGUGUCUGCGAACGGCAGUCGGCAUUGGUUCGGCUGGGAGAGGGAGUUGCAGCUUCAGUACCAUAUUGCAAUCUCACUACAGUACGGAGAGUGGCGAGGAGGCUGCUGCUUCAUUUUGCUGCCGGUGCCGCCUUUGUAUUAAGGAACACUAUUACACAUCGGUCUACAGAGGGGAAGGAGACAUUUAUCACCGAUUGCAAAAGGGGAACCAAAAAAACAUGUACCUUAAAGGAGGCGUGCUGUUGACGCUCCUAGCAGCUUUACAGGUCUCCGCUGAGGGUGGUGGAGCCCAGCGGUGUGAGCCUGGAUUUUCGGAAGAAGUGUACCACGCCGAAAUCUCCCAGAGCCUCACUGAGGGGCAAGCCCUUCUAAAUGUGAGAUUUGUUGACUGCGGCAAUGGCGCCCGACUGCAGUACCGGAGCAGUGACCCGGCAGACUUCAGGAUAGGGGAUGAUGGAGUGCUCUACGCCGCCAGAACGUUCCGGGUCCCCGGCGAGCAGACGCUGCUGCUGGUGGUCAGGGCCAAGGAUGAGGACUCUCGGGAGCACUGGAAAACGCGCGUCAGUCUGACCCCGGUACCCAGCAAAGCACCGCAGGGGAAGGAGUCUGAGGGCCCUCAGCAGGUCGAGGAGAUCCUGUUCCCGCCACACCACAGCGAUGGCGGCUCCCUGCUGAAGCGCGUCAGGAGAGACUGGGUCAUUCCCGCCAUCAACGUGCCCGAAAACUCCCGAGGCCCCUUCCCGCAGGAGCUGGUCAGGAUCAGGUCGGACCGCGAUAAGAACCGCCUCCUUCGCUACAGCGUGACAGGGCCCGGUGCUGACCAGCCUCCCACCGGCAUUUUCAUCAUUAAUCCCAUUUCAGGACAGCUGUCUGUGACUAAGCCUCUGGACCGCGAGCAGAUAUCCAACUUCCAUCUACGGGCCCACGCUGUGGAUCUGAACGGAAACCAGGUGGAGAACCCCAUCGACAUCGUGGUGAACGUCAUCGACAUGAACGACAACCGGCCCGAGUUCAUCCAUCAGACCUGGAACGGGUCGGUUCCAGAGGGAUCGAAGCCAGGAUCGUACGUAAUGACCGUCACGUCGCUGGACAAGGACGACCCCGCCACCUCCAACGGGAUUCUGCGGUACAGGAUCCUGUCCCAGAAUCCCGAGAGCCCGACGUCGAACAUGUUCACCAUAAACAACAAGACCGGAGGCAUCAUAACCGUGGCCGCCGGGCUGGACCGCGAGAAAGUACAGCGGUACACUUUAAUAAUUCAGGCGACUGACAUGGAGGGAAACCCAACAUAUGGGCUCUCCAACACCGCCACUGCUGUCAUCCGAGUCACAGAUGUCAAUGACAACCCUCCAGAGUUCACCACCGACACCUUCUAUGGGGAGGUGGCAGAGAAUAGGAUAAAUGUGAUCGUUGCCAACUUGACGGUGACUGAUAAGGACCAGCCCAACACUAUGAUGUGGAAUGCAGUGUAUAAGAUUACUGGAGGGGAUGCCUUGGGCAUGUUCAGCGUCCCUACCGACCCCAGCACUAACGAGGGCCUCGUUACCGUUGUCAAGCCUAUUGACUAUGAGAUGAGUAGGACAUUUGAGCUAACUGUGGUGGCGGAGAACGAACUGCCCCUGGUCAGAGGAAUUCAUCUCCCUCCUCAGUCAACUGCGACCGUCUCCAUUAAAGUUAUCGAUGUGAACGAGAGUCCCGAUUUCCACCCCAACCCCAAAACUCUCAGGAUGGAAGAGGGGGUGGCGCCUCAAACCAUUUUGACAGCCUACACUGCCCAAGAUCCUGACCGCUUCAUGGAUCAAACAAUAAGAUACUCGAAGCUUUACGAUCCUGCAAACUGGCUGAAAAUCGACCCGAUAAAUGGCCGAAUAACGACAAUCGCCGUGCUGGACCGAGAGUCGCCGUACGUGAACAACGAUAUGUACAACGUUACCUUCCUGGCCUCGGACAACGGGAUCCCCCCCGCCAGUGGGACGGGCACUAUGCAGAUCUUCCUGAUGGACAUCAACGACAACGCGCCCCACAUCCAGCCGCAGGAGACCAAGAUCUGCGAGAAGCCCGAACCCAACGCCAUCAACAUCACCGCCCAGGACCAGGACCUGAGCCGCAACGCCGGCCCGUUCGCCUUCGAGCUGCCCUCGGCCGUCCGCAAGAACUGGAGCCUCACCCGCAUCAGCAGCGACUACGCCCAGCUGGGGCUGAAGAUCAGCUUCCUGGAGAGCGGGAUCUACGACAUCCCGGUGGUGAUCACGGACUCCGGGAACCCGCCGCUGUCCAACACCUCGUACCUGCGGGUGAAGGUGUGCCAGUGCGACCGCAGCGGGGAGUGCACCCACGUGCAGCGCAUCAUCGCCGCCGGGCUGGGCACGGGCGCCAUCAUCGCCAUCCUGCUCUGCAUCAUCAUCCUCCUGAUCCUGGUGCUGCUGUUCGUGGUGUGGAUGAAGAGGAGGGAUAAGGAGCGCCAGGCCAAGCAGCUGCUGAUCGACCCCGAGGACGACGUGCGAGACAACAUCCUGAAGUACGACGAGGAGGGGGGCGGAGAGGAGGACCAGGAUUACGACCUGAGCCAGCUCCAGCAGCCCGACACGGUGGAGCCCGACGCCAUCAAGCCCGUGGGAAUCCGGCGUAUGGACGAGCGACCCAUCCACCCCGAGCCGCAGUACCCCCUGAGAUCGGCCGCGCCCCACCCGGGGGACAUCGGCGACUUCAUCAACGAGGGACUGAAGGCGGCGGACAACGACCCCACGGCUCCCCCCUACGACUCCCUGCUGGUGUUCGACUACGAGGGCAGCGGCUCCACCGCCGGCUCCCUGAGCUCGCUCAACUCCUCCAGCAGCGGGGGCGACCAGGACUACGAUUACCUCAACGACUGGGGCCCGCGCUUCAGGAAGCUGGCAGACAUGUACGGCGGGAGUGACGACUAA